AUGGAUAUCGUCAAAAUUAACCAUUCUUACAUUGUCGUCUUUAUUGGGGACAGACAGAUUGGUAAAACAGCAGUAGCCAUAGAUACUAUUCUCAAUCAACAAGGGAAAAAUGUAGUAUGCGUUUAUGUAGCUAUCGGUCAAAAAGCAUCUUCUGUGGCUCAGGUGGUGAUUGCUUUACAGGAAAGGGGAGUAAUGGAAUACACUAUUGUGGUAAAUUGA